AACUAUAUAAACAUCGAUAAUUCGAAAACCCUGUACAAACAGUGGUUGCCUUCAGAAGACCGUUCAAGCAAGAAAAUGUUGAGACUCAUCUCCCUUGUCUGUAUCGUUGCCUGCGUCUUCGCAGACUCUUACCCAAAGGGUGACUAUUACCCUAAGAAUGACUACUAUGGUGGAUGUGGAAAAUAUGGAUGCACAUACGGUAUCCACUCUCAAGGUCCCUAUGGUAACUUUGGAGGAUUAGUCAGCUCUACAAGUGGAGGACUUAACACCGGAUUCGUCAGCACCGGAGGUUUCAACACAGGAUUGCUCGGUCUUGGAGGUGGAUCUGCUGCCGCAAGCGCUGCCGCCGCCGGAGAUGCUGCCGCUGCUGCUAGCGCAGCCGCUGCAGGACAAAAUGCUGCCGCUGUUGCCGCUGCCGCCGCUGCCAAUGGAGCAGCUGCUUCAUCUGCUGCUGCCACCGGAGGUUUUGGAUUGAACAUUGCCCCAUACUACUUCAAUCAACCAGGGUAUUUUUAUAAUUUCCCAGGACAGUAUGGAAACUUUGGUCAAUACUACACCUAUCCCAGACAUUACUACAACAGUUUCCCCAUCUUCAAUAACUACGCCCCAUAUUAUGGUCUUGGAAGUGGAUCCUCCGCUGCUGCUAGUGCUUCUGCUGUUGGUGGAAGUUCUGCUGCUUCCGCUGGUGCUUCUGCAGGUGGAUUUGGUGGAUUCAACGGAAUUUAUGACGGAAUCUUCCUCGGAGGAUCAAGACAUAAUUUCAGAAGAAGACACAGCAAGGUGUACUAAUGGAUCCGGCCAAUAUAAACUGUUUCUGGUGAUGUUGUGUUAAUUUGUGAUAAUAAAUGUUUUAUAUUUAA